AGUGCGCCUCCCCCUCCAAACGUUGUUUGACAUACCCAUCGUUGUAGGCUUUGCCUCUGGCUGUUUCUUUUUUAAAAGGCAAGCUCAAAGCCACAGAUUAUACAUUUUGCUCACAAGCCGUGCGGGUAAAAUAACCUACAGAGACAGCGGCAGCGGGAAUCAGGCUCUUUCUUUCUGAUUUGGAGACGAACAGCUUGCGCGUAAACGGCACCGGGCAUCACUGAAGGGAGAGAUACGUGGUGUCUGGAUAUUUUCUUUUUUUAAUUUAUUGGUGACAAGGUUGAAGGAGAUUGCAGGGGGAGCAGAGUGACUCUUUGUGGAUUGCGAGCAUCGGAUGACAUUUGGGAGUUGAGCGCGCAAAGCACCUGUGGAUGCAACACCCCCCACUGAUGUUUGGACUCAAAUCUUUUGCCAAGAAAGGAUUCACCACGAGAUUUAGUUGAUAAUCGUUGCGGUUUCGAUCAAACAGCCUGCAGUUUAGACAAGAAGCGCGCCAUGCUGCUGAGCGUUUCCUUCCUGGUGGUUCCCCUGCUGAGCAUAACUGGCUGCGGCUCCUCGUACGUGCCGUGCCAGCCGUGCGAUCAGAAGGCCCUGUCCAUGUGUCCGCCGGUGCCGGUGGGCUGUCAGCUGGUGAAGGAGCCCGGCUGCGGCUGCUGCCUAACGUGCGCGCUCGAAGAAGGCCAGCCGUGCGGCGUGUACACCGGGCCGUGCACGCGCGGGCUCCGCUGCCUGCCCAAGAACGGCGAGGAGAAGCCGCUGCACGCGCUUCUGCACGGCCGGGGGGUGUGCAGGAACGAGAAGUUGUACAAACUGCUGCAUCCGUCAAAAGAUGGAGAAUCUCAUGAUGACGCCAUGCUACCAGUCCCAGAGUCCAUGCUACCCCAAACCAAGGUUCCCUUAUAUGGAAGAGACCACAUCAGCAGUCGGAAGGCACAGGCCAUGAAACAGGCCAAGGACCGCAAGAAGCAGCUGGCCAGGUUGGGACCUGCCAGCAACCUGGACUUCUCCCCGCUCAGCCUGGAUAAACUGGAGCCUGAAUUCGGCCCCUGCAGGAGAAGACUGGAUAAUCUCAUUCAGAGCAUGAAGGACACCUCUAGGGUCUUGGCUCUGUCACUGUACAUCCCCAACUGUGACAAGAAGGGCUUCUUCAAGCGCAAACAGUGUAAGCCAUCUCGUGGUCGGAGGAGGGGGAUCUGCUGGUGCGUGGACCGGUUUGGCAUGAAAAUCCCUGGCAUCAACUACGCCGGCGGAGACCUGCAGUGCAAAGAUCUCGACAGCAGUAGCAACAGCAACGAAUGAGAGCAAACUGGUGGUACUCGCUGAGCCCCCAAAACCUGCCAAUCAAGCUAGCACACUUACUGACUGCCAAUCAGGAAAAUACGGCACAAAUGCUUAUAUAUAUGGUCAGGUGUGAUGGACUGUUUAAUUUUUUUCUUUCAGAGAGGAACCGAACUGAAAAGCUUGCUUGGGUGGAAAUCUUCACAUGUAGGUCUUUGGCUCCCCUGCUGACGGUGUACUAUGUUUGAGGUUAGCUAACACCUCACCUCUUUAUAUCCGUAGAUAAUAGAGGAUUAUAUAUAUUUGUAUGAUAUUGAUAAUAUGUUGUGUAUUGAGUGUAUUGCUAAAUUUACUCCACGAAAUUCUGAGACAAGACAUAUUUUAAAUGUGGCUACAAAUCAACUUUUUUCCUAAUUGUUGUCAUAGUGGUGAUCAAGGAGAAACCAUUGAAGAGUAAGUCAGUACUACUCUAAAUUAGCAAUGUUUUACUAACUGUUAAUCAUGUGAAUGACAGUCUGAUGUGAGAGGCAUUUUUUAGAUAUCAAAUAAUGACUUCUGCCAUUCAGUACUGCCCACAACCCACUGUCACUGAACACUUUCAGACUUUUUGGCUACUCUGCCAAGCCAGAAAAUGGGGGAAGGGUUUUGAAGGAUUCCUGUAGGAGGCUGGGUAUAUUAUAUAGUCAUCAGAUGGGAAAACCAUCUGAAGACACACAGAAUCAGCUGACAGUCAUUCCAUAUGCCAUAGCCAUGUCAGCAUGAUAGCUGUCAUUGUUUGUUCAGCAUAGAGUCAAGAAAAUUCUGUUUUCACUAAUUGGAUCUGUUACAGCUAACAGAAGCCUACACUUAAAAGAACAGUUUGGCAUUAUGGGAAACUUUAAUGAGAAGAUUGACACCACACUCAUAUUUGUCUGUUAGAAUGAAGCUAAAGCCAGCAGCUAGUAAGCUUAGCUUAGCACAAAGACUGGAAACAGCUAGCGUGGCUCUGUCCAAAUGUGACAAAACCCAUCUACUAGCACCUCUAUAACCCCCUUACAACUUGCAGUGAAAUGCGUUUCCGUGAUCGGAUUGCAUUUAGGUAGUGCUUGACCACAUCAAAAAAGUAAGGGUGUAAAUGCGCCCAGAAUGCAUUGAGAGUAGAUUGUGAUGUGAUCAGCCAAAUCACAGGAGGUGGUCAGGGAUGCAUUGUGAUCAUUUGAACACAAGUGUAAGCUUAAAUGCAAUUGCGUUUUUAAUUUACAAACAGCAAUGUGGACGCAAAUACCAGAUCUCCAGGAAGUGCACCAGACUUUGAAGCCAAUUUUCAUAGUGGCCAAACGGUGACAUUACAUCCAUGGCCCAAAAAGCCUUUUCUCAUUGACUUACAUGGCUAAAGAGACAUCUGGAAAUCAGCUGAUGAAUUAUUUUGAGCAUCACAACCCCUGCAAAAUGACUUGUCUCACUCCAUUUAGUUUGAUAACAUUUGGAAAGUACGCUUGCUUUUUCGGCCCAAUAAUGCAGAGGCAAUCCCGAUCAUCCAGGUAUCAGAUGGCAGGUGAACAUUUUUGGCUUCAUGCACCAUGAAGGAACUUUCAUAGGAAUGAACGGGGCACCACCCUCCACAGUGUAUCCAGUUCACUUUGUAUAUAUUCAUGGGGAAUACUUAAUUGCGCACAAAACCAGCAAGCUAGCAGCUAUUAGCUUGUUAGGUAACCAAGCUAUUCGCGAAAAGCAGCAAGAAAGGCUAGAAAUUUUCAAGACACUAGUUGAUGGAGUCAAGACAAGACCAAGUGAGUUUAAUUAGGUCCGGAACUUGACAUCUCAUAUCGCAACCAAGCCAUUUACAUGUAUGAAGCAAGGGCUAAGCAAAUGGAGGACAACGGCUCCAACUGAUCCUGGACACGGUGGCGAUUAGAUCUCAAAGGACACAUAUUUACGUUUGUAACCUGACCAAAGAGAAAAUGAAAACAAAUUCAAAACAAGAAAAUUAGUUUAAAAAAAAAAAGAAGUUAAAAACAAACAUACAAACAAACAAGGAAAUGACCUGAAAAAGUACUUAAAAAUUACAAUAAUUAUGUCUCUAUAAUAAUUUUCUAAAUUUAGUUGUUGGGGGUUUUUUUGCAAUUUGUGGGACAUUUCUUACCAAGUUGCAUUUUUCCUCAUCAUUGCCUUUUUCCUAUGUUCUGAAAUAAAUAGCACCAACUUGCUCCAUGUUCAAACGUUUAAAUACUUGAAAAAGUGUCUAAGAGCAGCACAAGAAAAGUGAUGUCUCUCCAGGUUUCAAAGGGUUAAUACCAGGUGUACAUGUUAUCAGGUAGAAUCAUAGCUAGAUGCAGUCUGGAUACAAGCUGCGUUUCAGUGCGAGGUGUAAAGGGGGUCUCAAGCUCCAUAAUUUACAUGUUAUAUGUUGUUAGUUUAAUCCAUAUAAAAACUUUUAAGUAGAGGUUGUGCGCUGAACUCUUUCUUGGCUGGGACCAAUGACUCCCUGGAGUAUCCAAGAAACCAAGACAUAGAAACUUAUGGUCAAAACUCAAGAGAAAUUCAUAAAAAUUCAACUUUAAAUUUUAGGAAUAUCAAAAGAGAAAUCAACAAUAGUGAGUUUUUAAAUCAUGUAAAUGUGUUUGCCAAUUAGAGGUGAUUAUUUUCUACAUCUCAAUUUAAGUCAAAAUCACAAUGUGAUGCCGUACGCAGCUCUUGGAAACAAACUGUAUUGUACUGUAAAACCUAGAACUCGGUCUCCUUUUUAAAGGCCUUUUUCAAGUCCAGACAACUGCGUCCACUGUUUGUAAAUGUAUGUACAGUGUGUGUGUGCAUGCUCCUGUGUGUCUAUGUGUGUGUGUACUGUACUGUACGUGCCAUGUCCUUAUAGUUCUCAACUACACUACAACUCUGUUUUUAAAUUCUCACGAGCCCAGCCUACCCAAGCUACUGUCCGACAAAUGUGGUGCCGUGCAUUUCCCUUUGGCACACAAAUUGUAUGCAAAGGCCCUGUGCUGUUUAUGUUUCCACGUGUAGGGUCUUCACUGCCACCACCCAGGCAAAUCUGUCGGCUUGCUCUCAGGGUUUAUUGGGUCCUGCAUCCUGCGAAGAGCAAGGCCGCUGAGUUUGCAUGUAAAUUCAAGUGCCUUCUGCCCCAUGCCACUUUGAAUUUUCAUUUGCAUGUGGACCCAUAGUGUUGUUGAAUGAGGGACACUCUGGCACAAAGGAGGGAAACAAUUUCAGGUGUGGAUGCGGUCUGAAAGAUUUAUUGUCAGAUUUUGUUUUUCAGUUGGCUGCUGACAAAUAUUAUCAUGAUCUCUCAGUCAAGUGAACAUAUGUUCUAUAGCUCAAAUUUGCUUAAGAUCCAUUUUUUUGUUGUUAUAAUCGAGCAUUCAUUUCAUGACUCUUAUAAUCUCAGACAUUCCUAAUGCCUAAUCACUAUAGUGAUAUUAGGAGAUCAUUGACAGGGGCUCAUCAGCCAAUUUGAUUCUAGCACACAUGUAAACACAACACAGUGACACUUUCUCAGAAUCUCUGUUGAAAAAAAACAUUAAUGUGAACAUUAUGGUUAAAUAUUUAUCAGGCGUGUAAUUGAUGUACUCUUUUUUUUUUGUAAUGACAAAUCAUUAUUUAAAUAAAGUUCAUGUACUCA